UAUUGUGAGAGAAACCCGGAAGGAAAGAGAAAAGUAAACACAGCUUGUGGGGGAGGAGAUAAGUAGGAGUCGGUGAGCCGGGGGCAGCAGAGGUCUGCGGGAGAAGCUUCUGAUUCCUGCACAGAGCUUAGACAGACCUGGUCCAGCUUCUAUCUUACAUACGUGGUGAGAAGUUGCACGUAACAUCUUUGUCAUCUUGUUUCCUGGUAAUACAGAUGGCAGACUCAUCUCCAUCCCCAGUGUUUUCCAUAGCGGAGUUCCCACCAAACGAGGAGAAAGGUGAAGCCCUCCUAGGAACAAAUCCUCCAUCCUAUAGAGGAGUAGAAGGACAUCGGAGUUCUCCAAACCUGAGACGGGUCAAAGGAAAAGAACCUCGCACUCGGACAGAAUCUGCCUCAGAGGCACAGGAGAUGGACCACGUGGGAGAGCUCAACCAGUUCCGCUCACGUUCCCGCUCUGCUCCAUCUUCCCUAAUGGUUGCUGCUCGGUAUGGACGAGAGCUGAGAAGAAUGAGUGAUGAAUUUGACCAAAGCUUCACGGGUCUUCCUCGUCCUAAAAGUGCAAAUGCAGCUGCUGAGAUGACCAGAAACAAGAGUUUCCGGGAAAUGUUUUUUAGUUUAUUACGAUGGAAAGACAAAAGCGAAUCAGAGAGUGAGAAGAAUUGAACCUGGUCCGGUGGAGCGCAGUAAGCUGCAACAGAGGUUUCUAUACUCUUCACUACUGCAGAGGACAAUUGCAGCUACUUUACUAGAAGAUGGACUGCACUACUGAGAGGAAUUUAUCUGCAUGAAGUCUUGCAAGAAGUGGGCAUCCCACGAGAAUAUACUCUAAACUUUUCCAAUGUGCCACUAUUCAUAUUUAAUAUUUUUUUGCAUUUCAAAACGAACAAAGCAGAUUUUAUAAGGGGAGCACAGAACAAUGAAAUGUGACUUGUGAGGUGUUUUAUAUUAUCGUUUUGUUUCACAGGCCGACCUCCGAAAUUAUUUUAAAGGAGGAAUGUGGUUCUUUUGUACAGCAUUGGAAGCAGCUGUUUCAUUUCUAUCAUGGCUACUUUCACAGAUCCGUAAAAACGCUUCCGUUACAAUAAUACAACCCCAUGCAUCCGGUUGUAUUAUGUCUUCUAUAGCCAAGACAGAUCUGUCAUGAACUCCAUUGAAAGUCAA